GUUGCGUGAUUUCAGUGGAGAAGUAGUGGGGAUAUCGUGUGCUCUCGAGUGUGGAAGGUUUCCGAACGCUACGUGUGACACUGAGGUGCGCUGAGGAACGAAUGGACGCUGUGCCUGCAUGUGUCUAGAUUCUUACUGGAUUUUAUAUCGGGACCAGUAUCCGUUAGUUUCACGUCGGCGGCGGCGAUUAUCAUCGCUACCAGCCAGGUAAAAGGAUAUCCCUGGGCUCAAAGUUUCCUGUACCAAGUUCGUACAAGUCUGGCGAAGUAUUUUCGAGCACAUCGGCGAGACGAGUUGUUGGUAUACCGCUUUGGGAAUUGUCUGUAUUGCUUUUUUCUACUUCUUCGAAUUAUAUUAUAAUGGAUAGACAAAUUAUUAUUAUUAUAAUCAAUGUAAUGGCUGGACACAAUAUUUUAAGAACAGUUGUUAAAAGACUAUCGUAUGAAGAUAGUAGUGAUGAUGAAUGUGAGAGAUGGCAUCAGGAAGCAAACAUGCUUCAAGUGCGGCUUCUUGACCGAGAUUUAAACCACGUUGUAAGAGUUAGAAAUUAUGUCACCAUGACAAUACCAAAUUAUACAGAAAGGCAAUUUAGAGAACAUUUUCGAAUGUCUAGAAGAACAUUCGAAAACUUAGAGCAAAUAUUAACACCUUAUUUAAUAAGAACAGCAGAAACUGGAAGAAAUACUUUAAAUGUGAGGACACAAUUACUCGCAGUUUUGUGGAUACUCGCAACUCCUGAUUCUUUCAGAUCUGUGUCUGACCGUUUUGGUAUCAGUAAAUCACUCGUACAUGAUUCCUUAAAGAGAGUGGUGGCUGCCUUAAAUAAUAUAGUCGAUAGAUUUAUCAAAUGGCCGGUUGGUGACCGAUUAAAUGAUGUUAAAUGUCGAUUUUCUCAAAUUGGAUCACUUCCUGAUGUUGUUGGGGCAAUUGACGGAUGUCACGUUGCUAUUCCUGCACCUAAAAUACAUCCGAUUUCUUAUAGAACUAGAAAGAAGGAAUAUGCCAUAACACUGCAGGCUGUGUGUGAUGCAAACCUUAUGUUUACAGACUGUUUUGUUGGUUUUGCUGGAUCCGUUCACGAUGCGAGGAUUUUCAGGAAUUCUGACCUCUGGCAUGCAGUAAUGGCGAAUACAAAUGCCUUCUUCCCUAAUAAAGAAUACAUCAUAGGUGAUAAAGCCUAUCCUGUCUUGUCGUGGUGUUUAACUCCAUACAUCAACAGAGGCAAUAUUACCGAGGCACAAAAGAAUUUCAAUGAGCAGUUAUCAAAAAUGAGGCAGGUUAUUGAAAGAGCUUUCGCUCUUCUUAAAGGACGAUUCCGACGAUUAAAAUAUUUGGAUAUGAGUUGCGCUCACCUGAUACCCUAUGUCAUUUUGGCAUGUUGUGUAUUACAUAACAUUUGCCUCGAAGGUUGUGAAGACGUUGAGGAUUUUAUACAGGAUAUAGAAGAUUAUGAUGAUGAUAAUGCAAAUGAUUUCCAUCCUAAUCGGUUACCUGAUGACGAUAGGGGAUUGAUCCGCCGAGAUUAUUUAACGGCCCUCUUGAUACACAAUGCAUUAGAAAUGUAAUAUCACAAUAAUAAAAUUUAUUAAAAAAUUAGUAUUAACAUUUAUUUAUACAAAAUAAGCAACUUCUCAAUAUUUAUAAAUUUAUUUUUAUUUUGACAUAAAUUUAACAUUAUUUUAUUAUCACAAGAUUAAAUCAGUAUUUCUUAUUAUAAAAUAACAUUAUUAAAAUCAAUAAUUAGUCAGUCUGUUUUAUAGCAUAGAUAGGAAUAAAAUAUGUGUCAUUAUCAUUAUAAAAAGCUUCCGGAUAAAUGUAGCGUACUGAAACAGUGUUCGCAAAAUAUUGGCUUAAUGCUGUUUUAAUACGCGACAUUCACCUGAAAGCCUUUCAUAAUGAUAAUGAUAAGAUCAAUAGUAUAAAAUCCUUAAAACCAAAAUACAUAUGUAAUACUGUAUGUAAUAUAUAUAUGUAAUAUCUUUCGCAAAUAUAUUCUAACAAAAUAUUAAUAUAAACCUUAUUUUGCUAUGCAAUAGCUAUACUUAUAAGUAUACUUUCGAACUAUAUGUAUGUUAAAACCAAAUAAUAAACAUAUAUAUGUAAUAACGUUA